CAUACUGAAGCGAUCCAGUCAGUCUCGCCCCUCCGCUCUCAGUAGCAUCAUCAGCGUCCCCGCCGGGUCCGGUGGGAGAGAGGAUGGUUCAGCGGAAAAGCAGCCGGGGAUGCGAAUGACAGUGAUAAGAUAAUGGCCCGCGAUUUACCCAAAUUCCCGAAUGUGCGACUAGUGACCAAGUGAAACGACCGUGGCAGGAAAACGCUGAACCAUGUUGCUCUAAGUUGUGACCUGUGGUGAACGGGGGAGGAGGAAGAGGAGGAGGAAGGAGGUGCAGGCAGGCAGACGGGCAUCUGCCACAGCUCCCUUUAGGCGGCCCUUUGCAAGCUUGAAGCCAUGGGCAACACAGCUACCAAGUUCCGCAAGGCCCUGGUGGGUGGUGAUGAGGCCCUGGCCUGGCAGCUGUACGAGGGCAACCCUCAAUUCAGGGAUGGCCUGGACCCAAAUGCGUCGUACGGAGAGCAGUACCAGCACAACACGCCCCUGCACUAUGUGUGCCGCCACGCCAUGACACGUCUGCUCAGGUCCUUCCUGUUCAGUAAAGAGGGGAACCCCAACAAGCGCAAUGUGCACAACGAGACGUGCCUUCACGUGCUGUGCCAAGGCCCGCAAAUCCUGCUGCUGCCAGAGGGAGCACUGUCGCCACGACUGGCCCGACCCCAGAGGGACGAGCAGCGUCGUGCCGACUGCCUGCAGAUGAUCCUGAGCUGGACGGGGGCCAGGCUGGAGGGAGGCCAGUAUGAGAAGGCCAAUGUCAACGCCACCGACAAUCACCACAGCACCUGUCUGCACUAUGCUGCUGCUGCAGGCAUGAAGAGCUGUGUAGAGCUGUUAAUCCAGAGCGAGGCAGACCUUUUUGUGGAGGAUGAGGACAAGUUGACGCCAUGUGACCAUGCCGAGCGGCAUCACCACACCGAGCUGGCUCUCAGCCUGGAGUCCCAGAUGGUUUUCUCUUCUUCAGCUCAGCAGUCAAACGCAGACGCACAUGGUGAAACCAACCUGCUGCAAUACAAAGAGCCUUAUGAGGGACUGAAGCUUCAGGACCUGCGCAGGCUAAAGGACAUGCUGAUCGUAGAGACAGCAGACAUGCUGCAAGCCCCCCUCUUUACUGCAGAGGCCCUGCUCCGAGCACAUGACUGGGACAGAGAAAAGCUUCUGGAAGCCUGGAUGUCAGACGCUGAUGGCUGCUGCCAGCGCUCAGGUGUGACUAUGCCAACCCCACCACCCAGCGGCUACAAUGCAUGGGACACCCUACCCUCACCUCGCACCCCUAGGACUCCGCGCUCACCCCUCACACUCACCCUCACCUCCCCGACCGACAGCUGCCUCACACCUGGAGAGGAGGGCCUGUCUUCGUGUGGAAUCUGUCUCUGCUCUAUCUCAGUGUUUGAAGAUCCAGUGGACAUGUCCUGUGGACACGAGUUCUGCAGAGCAUGCUGGGAAGGGUUCCUCAAUGUAAAGAUUCAGGAGGGUGAUGCACACAAUAUCUUCUGCCCGGCCUAUGAGUGCUACCAGUUGGUGCCGGUGCAUGUGAUAGAAAGCGUAGUUUCCAGAGAGAUGGACCAGCGAUAUCUACAGUUUGACAUCAAGGCAUUUGUGGAGAACAAUCCUGCUAUCCGAUGGUGUCCUGCAGCUCGUUGUGAGCGUGCGGUGCGGCUCACCCGACCAGGCCCUGGGGACAGUGACCCACACAGUUUCCCCCUGCUGCCCUCCCCAGCUGUUGAUUGUGGCAAGGGUCACCUCUUCUGCUGGGAGUGCCUUGGCGAGGCCCAUGAGCCAUGUGACUGUCAGAUGUGGAGGAACUGGCUCCAGAAAGUCACAGAGAUGAAGCCUGAGGAGUUGGCAGGUGUGGGUGAGGCCUAUGAGGAUGCUGCUAACUGCCUGUGGCUGUUGACAAACUCAAAACCAUGUGCCAACUGCAAGUCGCCCAUUCAGAAGAAUGAGGGCUGCAAUCAUAUGCAGUGUGCCAAGUGUAAGUAUGACUUCUGUUGGAUAUGUCUGGAGGAGUGGAAGAAGCACAGCUCAUCAACAGGAGGCUAUUAUCGCUGUACUCGCUAUGAGGUCAUCCAACAGCUAGAGGAGCAGUCCAAGGAGAUGACUGUGGAGGCAGAAAAGAAGCACAAAAGUUUUCAGGAGCUUGAUCGUUUCAUGCACUAUUAUACUCGCUUCAAGAACCAUGAACACAGUUAUAAGUUGGAGCAGAAACUACUAAAAACAGCUAAAGAGAAGAUGGAGCAGCUGAGCAGAGCCUUUAUUUGCCGUGAAGGCACUCCUCCAGACACGGGGUUUGUUUCUUCUCAGACGGACCUUGAAAUGGUUGUGGAGGAUCUGGCCCAGAAGGUCAACCGGCCGUACCUGAGGACUCCCUGCCACAAGAUAAUCAGUGCAGCCCGCCUGGUGCAGCAGAAGAGGCAAGAAUUCCUGGCGUCAGUGGCCCGAGGCGUCGCUCCCAACGAUUCUCCUGAUCCUCCUCGCAGGAAUUACCCUGGAGGAUCAUGGGACUGGGAGUACCUCGGCUUUGCCUCCCCUGAGAUGGGGAGUCGUCACUCUGUACUAGGAGCAGGAGAUCAAAGAGAGAGACAGUCACAGGAUUAUGCUGACAUCCAGUACCGUCGUAGACACAGGCCACGGCGCAGAGGAGACAUGCUGAGUUUGCACAACCUUAGAAGCGGCAGCAACACACCAGAGACCAGCAGGAGGAGUGACAGCACAGAAGGUCCAGAGAGAAGCGAGGGUCGCAGAAGAGCGCUGGGCUCGCUGGAUGAAGAUGAUCCAAACAUCCUGCUGGCCAUCCAGCUGUCCCUUCAGGAGUCUCGCAGAGAGCGAGGCCUGGAAGGAGGGAUUGAGGGGAGAGUGGAGCUGGAUCGUGGACUGGACAGAGGACAGGAGAGAAGGCUGGGUCCCCCAGGAGAACUGGGUGAUGUUGCUUUGCACUCUCUCAACACAGAUGGUCCUCCAGGAGCCAGAGGCCCCUCCUUCCCCACUUCUCUCCUGGAUCCUCCUCGCCCCCCUAACAGGACAGACUCCACCUCCCAGCCUCCCAUGUCAAACUCCUUUCCCCUUCCUCCCCCACCUCCCUCUCUCAGUGCAGAGCUGCUGGAGCUGGGAGACAGCCUUAUGAAACUGGGGAACAUUACCACUCCUUAUGACCUAGACACACACACACAGGAGCAGCUCAGCUCUCACCACACGUACAACCACAGUACACUCACUGCUCCCUACACCAUUGAACCUGCUUACAGCGACUGCAGCCAUAGACCAGACCAGAAUGCACUGACCACUCCAUAUGUGCUUGACCAUAUCACCAUUACAGAUCCCAGUUACUGCCAGUCCAGUGGUUAUUUGGCUGAGGCUGAACACACUGCCUCCUGCGCACUUGAACGCACCCAAAACCCUGCCCAUCCCAGUUCAUAUAGCCGGGAACAUGCAGCCACGUGUGACAGCACCCCAAAACCAGACAACUCUUACAACCCCUGCCCCGAACACAGUAGCUCUUACACUCAGGAGCGCCCUGCCGCCUACGCUCUUGAACACCCACCCAAAUCAGAUUUCCAGCCCCAUGCCCAGUUGUGCCUCCCGUCUCCAGAGCUUGAGCCGGAGCUGCUGCUUUCACCGGUGAUCCCCCCGGGGGGCCCUUUCACCCCCAGUGACCCUCAGAGUCUAGAGCCCCUGGACCCCACAGCCAGUGCCCAGCUGCUGGACAACAUCAUGGCCUGGUUCAACAACAACAUUAACCCCCAGAACAACCCUCAGAGCCUGGCCCUUAUCCCCUCCCCGCCCACCACAGAAACUGACUCCUCCCCUGACACAAACACUGAGACUGAGACAGAGAGCCAGACCUCCAGGGACAUGACCCCUGCCCCUAUCUGGCAGCCCCUGGAGGGCGAGCCAGAAGCAGACAGAGGGUUGGCGAGUCCCCGUCUAGGUGCGGAGGGUGCGGAGGGCCCUAAGACGGCGAGGCCCAGCACUCUGGAACUGGAAAACAGAGAGGCUGGCGAGGAGGGUGUGGACGUAGGGUGUGUGGCUGACCUGUCGCUGGACGAAGCGCACACACACCUGUACUCACACUCCCAAGGUGGAGACAGUCCCACACACACUGCCCCAGCCACAGAGAGAGAUUUAGACCUUAUCCUUCACUUAGAGGGGGACCAAUCCACUGAGGAGUGGGAGGAGCAAGUACACCUGGUGUGACAGCGACAGAACGAUGUAGAAAGAAGGUUGAGCCAAGUACAGGAAGAGAGAGAGCGAGAGAUAAAAGUGAAGAAGAAAGAAAAUCAAAGACUGGGAAAACUAAAGAGAGGAAAAAUAUAAGAUAACGGUGAUGCCUCAAUGAAAGAUGUAGGUCUGUGGAGUGUUUACUGUAUGUAUUAUACUGUAUCUAGAGGAGACCUAAAACCCUGCGAACUUUGUCCAGUAAAGAUUAUGUCAUACGCAUUUUUUAAGUGCUUUUGUCUGCUCUAAAAACAGACCAACUAUUCUUUGAAACAAAUGAGUGUUUAAAGCAAAGUAUAUCAAUGGAGAGCUACUGAUAUCAUAACACAUUAAAUGCUGCACAUGUUUUGUUUUCUUAUUUUAUUUAUUUCCUUUAUUUCUCUUGUCAGUUUGUUCAGGAUAAAGUUUUGGUGCUGAUCAUGCCGAAAUCGAAACUUGCCUCGUACAGUAUACUCAGACUUUUAUUAACACACCGACCCAACAACAAGCCUCCUGGAGCCAAACAUGAUAACUGUAACCUUGGAGCUUGUUUAGCGUACUGUACAAUCAAAGGGCCUAAUUCAGAUUUUUGGACCUUCAUGCACACUGUGCCUGCUUUGUUAGAGCGCCAACACACUACUGAUGUUUCCUUUUGGUAGGCUGCAAUGAACGGUGAUCCAUUUGUCUGCUCAGUAGACAUCAUGCUAGUACAACGUGCUUAUCUGGAUUAUAUGACAGUCAUAAUUCUUAUGUAAUGCUCCAGUGAUCACAGAACAGAUAUUGGCUUGUCCAUUUGAACAGUGGAGUCGGUGGUCAGUCUCAGCCAAGAGUCAAUAGGAAUUCAGUCUUGCUCAAAGGCACUUCAGCAUCAUGGGUGCUUGUUGUUUGUUGUUAUACCCAUUCUAUAAAAUGAUCUGUCUUUAUUGGAGAUGAGCUGUGUCAUCCUUAUUGCUGUAUUUUACACCUGCUUUGGAUCAGUUUUCACAACAGGUUUCAAUGUAGACAAAGUGCUAUAAUGUCAAUUUUGGCCUCAAAAUUGACAUUAUAAAAACAUCUUUGUCAAAUUGUCACAAUAUUUUGUGUCACUGAAAUGUAAUCACUGUUUAUCAAAAUAAGAUGGCUCUCAUCAAAACAAAUAUUUAAUGGAUAAAACUAGAUCACGUCAUGUAUGAUAGUAGAAGAGUCUUAUAUUCAUCUUUUUGUGUUUUUAAAGGUAAUGAUAUAUCAAAUCAGUCUGUCUCUAUGUACAUUGAAACUGUUGUGAAAACUGAGCCAAAGCAAUCGGACAAUACUUAACAUGUAAACACUCAUUUAGUUCAUUUUUAACAUAUCUAUCCCACUACUGAUGAUUAGUGCAGUUGAUAGAUGGGAGAAUGGUUGUGUUUUUACUGUAAUUUAUCCUUUUAAUUUCUUAUUAUAGAAAUUACAUUUUGUUCCAGUUGAGACCAGAGUUGUUGGGUCUGUGUGCCUUUUUUGUUUCAAUCGUAUUUGUUUUGUAUUUAUUACUGUCAUUACUUUUUAAACCUGCUAAACAAAGUUGCUAAUGAAAGAUAAUGAAGAACACACCACUUUGGCUGUUGCCAUACACUGAGGUUCUUGAUGUACAUUAGUAUUGUUUGUCCUCAUACCCCGGGUGUAUCUUAUUUUACCUUGUCCCCAGAGAAAAACUGCUUUGAAGAUAUGUGAAAAGAAAUCAUUUGUCUUUAGAGUUUCCACUAUAAUUAACAACCAUUUUAUCUUAAAGUUGUUCAAAUGUAGUUGGCCUUUGUUUCUUUUCUGGAAAUGGCACUCUGAAUCCUGGGUUAUCACUCAGCCUUUAUCUUUAAACUUUAUUGCCCAACUUUAAUGUUUACAAGAGAAUUAAACUGCCUGUUAUGUUGAGAUGUGAUCUGGUGCUUUUGGGACUGAAAUGAUGAUAAUGGAGUGUUUUUAAUCAUACUUUCAUGGCAGGCCAAACAAAUGUAAAGAUAUUCUGGUUUUGUUAAAAUGUCUCCCUCAACUUUACAAAAGGUGCCAGUUAUACAGAACGUGAUAUGAAAUUAAAAUGCAUCACUUACAAUUAAUAGUUUGAGUUUUUAGCCUGUUUGAAGUGUGAGGUCUGGAGUGCUCCACUGAAGAGAUAAAACCCCUAAAAUAACUCACAUUUUCCUCUCCAUGUUGAACAUUAAACUGUGAAGGUGCUGGACAGGUUGUACGUGCUGACGUUUAGACAUUUCAUAAUGCCUGCUAAAGUGUGAGGGCAGCUUGUGUCGCCCAUAACAUUUUAGACAUUGUUUCCUGAGGAAUGGUUUAAUUAACAUUUGUUUAGGUUGCAUGGUUGCAACAGGAUACACAAUGGAAGAGUCUGGGAUCUUUUAAUUUGCACAAGCAUGCUGUUAAUGUGUUGCACUAAUCCAGUGCUGUCAGGCAAGAUGUGGAGGACUGAUCAGUGUUGCUUUUAUUACAAUUAUUUCCUUUUUUUGUUUUCUUGAUUUAGAAUUGAAUUUAUUGUGUCAAGGGAAUGGUCCUGUGCCAUUUUCUACUCCAAAUAUGUUUAUAUUUUAACGAUCCCUCAACCAACCACUUCAGAAUAAAAAAAUAAAAAAUGAAAUUGCACUUGCAUAGUUUAUACUUGAUACAUUCCCAGUCGGUCCAUAAGAGAGGUUAGAUGUGGGGCCAAAACUGUAAAUGAAAGUGUCAGUGCAAAGUUUACUCUCAAUAAAAACAAAUGAAAGUG